UAUUUUUAUCCAAACAGUUUAUCCAUGUUAGUUUAUUCAUAGUGUCGUUAAGGUUCAUAGCUGUAAACCACAAUCUAAGUGUUGGAUAUCAACAGUUUAGUGAAAAAAUACAUAUAUGUCUUGUGUCAUAAUGUCUAUCCUAUUUGUAUCCAUAAUGUGUGUUUAUGAUGUGCAUAUGAUUUUCUUUACAAUUUGCACAUAUAAAUAUAUAUGAUGUAACAAGAAUAGGAAAAGGGCAAAUAAAUGAAGCCCAUCUUAUAUGAAGCGUGUUAAUUUCUAUUCGAUAUGUCCCACAUUUUGUUAUUGUCAUAAUGAUUGGUUUUCGGUCAUAAAUGAAGGGAAGGUUAAAUUUCAUAAAAAAUGAAUCUAUAAUCGAUUAAGCCAAAAAAGGAUAGUACAUACUAGCACAUAAAUAAUUUAGAAACAAAAACAAAACCUUUCAAGGCUACAACAGCAAAUAUUGAUAGAAAACUUUACACAAUUUUGAAGAUUGAAUUUGAUUUUCUUUCUAAACUCUGUAUUAACUCUCAAGAAAAGGUAACUAAGGGGAAAAAAUGGCUACUCGAAUGAGCGAUAUGGGUAUGGAUGUACAGAUCAAUCGUCGGUUGAAUAGUAAAUAUGAUGCGGAGAGUGAAGCUGAAGCCAUCAGUUGGUUAAAUCAAUUAACAAACGAAAAUGUACCAUUUGGCAGAGAAAAUGUUGCAGCUGCUUUGAAAAAUGGACAGAUAUUAAUCAAGUUGAUUAAUGUCGUGUUUGAUGGUACUUCAUCUCUUCCAUCGGCUGCAGCUAAAAUGAAAAGACCAUUCAAAGCUAAUACAAUGACCGCUCCCUUUAAACAGAUGGAAAAUAUUCAAACUUUUCUUAAUGCAGCAGUAGCCUAUGGAGUACCUCGAGCUAGUUUAUUUCAAACCGUUGAUUUGUAUGAAUUACGCAAUAUGCCACAAGUUUUAAAUACAUUACUACAACUUGGAACUGAGUGUCAACGUAACAAUUUUAAUGGACCCGUAUGUGGCCCCAAGCCAACUUAUGAAAAUAAACGUGAGUUCACUGAAGAACAACUUAGAGCAUCCGAAGGCAUAAUUGGUUUGCAAGCUGGAACUAAUAAAUGUGCUAGCCAAGCCGGAAUGAGUCAUGGCGGACCUCGACAUAUUACAGAUAUUAAAGUGGAUGCUGCUUCAAAGAAGGCCAGGGUGUUAUUGGUCUCCAGAUGGGCUCAAACAAAGGGGCUACUCAAGCUGGAAUGAGUCAUGGUGGACCUCGACAUAUCACAGAUAUUAAAGUGGAUGCUGCUUCAAAAGAGGGUCAAGGUGUUAUCGGUCUCCAGAUGGGCUCAAACAAAGGUGCUAGUCAAGCUGGAAUGAGUCAUGGUGGUCAGAGACAUAUUGCAGAUAUUAAAGUUGGUGAUAUGUCAAAAGAAGGUCAAGGUGUCAUUAGCUUACAAAUGGGCGCGGGUAAAGAUCAAGUGGCUUCACAAUCUGGUAUGAGCUUUGGAGCGCAACGUCAUAUUGUUGAUUCACAUUAAAACAAUCAUCAAUUGCGUCUAAUCUUCAUUUAUUUCAUAAGGCUUUCUGCUUAUUUACAAUUACAUCAUCAGAAUUAUCAUUCCUAUCUUACCCUAUUACUGUUAUCAAUAUGCUUAUCAUUAAGCCCUUUUCAUAUGACCGUCAAAAUUGAUCAUAUUUACGCUUAAUAUGAUAACUAUGAUAGUAAAGAGGAAGUAAAAUGUUCAAAGAGAAUUAAUGCAAUCUUAAAGGUUUAAACAAUAUUUCACACUAUUUAUUGUAGAAUGAGACAACUAUAGAAUGUUCUUUUGGUGUUUUUGCUUUUUAACUAUCAAAAUGUUAUUCAUGUAUAAUUAAAUCUUUAUUCCGAUAUUAAAUAAGAAAUAUAAUUUUUCCGCCUUUCACUAUUUAAGUUUAUUGUUUACUAUUUAUUUCAAAAGUAACGCUUCAUUAAAGUUUUCUCUCUCUCUCUCUCUUUCUCUCGAAAAAGUUGUUGCUAUGACACUCUUCAUGAUUUACUUUUACUUUUGAGGUCAGUUUUGAUCCAUAAAAUUGACCAAAAAAUGACUUUUUUAAUAAUGUAUUUAUUCACAUUGUCAUGGAUCUGUUUUAUCACUGCUUCUCUGCUAUCACUAUUAAUAAUAAUAAUAAUAAAAGGUUUGUAAUAAA